AAAUAAUGGUUAUUCAGCGAAGUUGGAAGAUACCCACGGAUGUGGCGGGUUCCCUAAACAACACAUCGUCAACCGCGUCAAACGAGGUGCAGCAGCAGCGCUCCUCUCCAGGCCUGCAGCUGCAGGCAACCAACUCUUCCUCCGAUGACUCCGAUUGCUCCAAUCAAACCACACAUUCAAUGGACACGCGAGUGGCCAGUCCGGCUGCUGAUUCCGGCGUACGCAAGCAGCCGGACAAGCAGGAUGGCAGCGUGGAAACUAUAACACUUUCCCUGCUGGGCGAGUCCACGUCUUCAGAGACAGAGCCCGCUCAGAAAUUUGUAACCACAACAGACAUGGCAGAGACCAUGUUGCAGCGCAUUCGGCAGCGCUUGGGCGGCUCACACAACAUGGAAAGCGGCGGCAGUGCAGAGUCUGCCAUGAGAGCUCUAGAGCUGCUGAGGAUCAGUGUGCAGCAAUCCUUUGAUGCGGAGGUCAAUGAGAUAAUCAAGCGAUACAUGAACAACUAUUUCAAGCCCGCCUUUGGCAACAUCAAGGAGAAUCUCGGCCAGCACUCGGUAAACGAGGAAACCCUGCAGAAGAUGUCCUCGUGCGCUUUGCUGGAAAAUGCCAAGGCUCAGUACACCAACUUUGUGCGGCAGCAUCGUCUGGUCAGCGGUGCCACCACAGAGCAGCAGCGAUUGGCCCUUAAGCGCACAGCCAAGCAGGAGAUUAGUCCCAAUACCAAGAUCUACGUGGCCACCAAGCCCAUGCCCUGCACGGCCACCACAGUGAACCAAUUGCCGAGUGCCAAUCAGCAGCAGCUAAUCCUUCAACAACCCGAGUGGCAAACGGUACAGCCGCUUCAGCAGCAGCAGCAGGAGCAGACGCCACUCCAACAGCAUCGCACCACGGUCACUCCUUUGGUAGGAGGAACUCUGCCCACUCCUGUGCGACGUCAGAUUUUUUGGAACACAGCACAGAUCUCCACCAGCACCAAAUUCGUGCUGGAUGUGCAGGCCAACCUGGCAUUUGGCUUCGGCACCGACGGCAAGGAACGGCUGGCUAGCAAGCAUCCAGAACUGAUACGCUAUCUGCCCGAUGGCGAGGACAGGGAGUGGCUGGCCACGCGUGGCAUUAUUCCUGCCGAGAAUCGCAGCUCCCGCUUUCUGUUUCUCAUCUACGACGAGGUCUGCCGCCUGCAGCAGACCCAUGAGUUGUAUCGCAACAAGACCAACAUAGAUCUCUCCAUGAUGCUGACUUUUAGCGUCACAGAUGCCAUGAUUCACAAGAUGCGCUUGUUCUUUGUGGAUCUGAACAUCAAGAGUCGCGGCCUGAUAACCAACUCUUACAUUCUGCCCAACCAGCAGCAGCAGCAGGCGCAAACGCAGUCGGGUAGCGCCAACAACAGCCAUUUGAGGAAUGCUCUGCUCCAAGGAGCUUCAUCCCAGCAGCAACAGCAACAGCAGGUCGCUACCCCGCCGGCUGAGGCUGUGGUGCUCAAGGAGUUGCCGGCUGCCUCGCCCACGCCUUGUCUGCAGGGUCAAGUGGUGGGCAGCACUACAACGCCGCUUAAAAACAAGCUGGCGGCCAGUUCUACGCUCAGCUCCUCGCAUGCCACGCUCACGGCGCUGCUGAACAAUGGAGGCGUUGUGGUGGGAGCAGCUUCUCCAGUCAAUUCCUCACCGAGCACCAGCGGAAAGUUUAGGAACUAAGUGAAGUCAAGUGUUUUGUAAUUCAUUUAGUAGUUUUUAAUUUAAAAGGAAUUAUAUUUAAGUU